AUGUCUAAUCGCGCAAAGAAACAGGCCAAAAAAACCGCAGCAGAACCCCUCUCUGAGCUCGAAAAGGCCAUCCGAGCCAUCGACCUGGCCACCGAGUCGGUCAAUGCCACCAAAGAGCGCAAGCCUUGCUACUGUCUCGCGACAAAGCACAAGUUGAAUGUAUUUGCUCCCAACUGUCUGAGCUGCGGGAAAAUCAUUUGUGCUCUUGAGGGGCCGGGACCUUGCACUUACUGCGGCCAACAGGUGGUUUCGAUCGAUCAACAACAAGCCAUGAUUCUCGAACUCAAGCGGGAGAAGGCCGCCCUGGCCAAACUACAGCAACAGGCCACGGCAAAGAGGCGUGUCAAGGCAACGGCUGUCAACACAGCAGGAUAUGCCAGCAAGUUGGGCGGAGGCAUGUCUUCAGCUACGGGCGCCGCUGGUGGGUGGAUCGGAUUAGACGGAUCUGACGCUGCACCCGCGAUGACUGAGGAGGAGGAACUUGAGGAGGCCAAGAAGGCCUCGUUGGCACAGGCGCACAAAGAGAAGCUGCUGGAGUUUGAUCGGACGAGUGCGAAACGAUCGCAUGUCAUUGACCAGGCGACUGAUUUUGUGCUCCCGGGAGAUCGGCCUAAUCUCUGGUUGACGGAGGAGGAGCGACAGGCGCAGGCGGACAAGGCUCGACAGAAUCUGGAAAAGGUGACGACGGCGGCGAGCGGAUAUCAGCGGGCCAAGGUGAUGACCAUCGAUGUGGUCAACCGGCGUGUUGUGGUCGAGGCGUCGGCCAACCAAUUUGUCCAGGAAGAGGAAGACGAUGCUAUUCCGGAGCCUGUCAGUAUGUUUGACCAGGCGAAGUCGACCAGUAUCAGCGGAGGAGACAGACACGGAGGUCGUGGAGGCGCCUUUGCAUUGAACCCAUUGCUCCGGCUGGGCGAGAACCCUACUUUUAUCCCCAAGAAGACGGCCAAGGAUGCAAAGGACAAGGUGCUCAAGGUCAAGGCGGAGCAAAAACACAAGCCCAAGGUUUCCAAGCUGCAGUAUGACGAUGGCGGACAUGCGGCCGUGAUGCAGGAUCCAGAGUUCUCGUUCAGCUCUGGAGGAGAUUCGCAGUCGGUUCUUGCCAGCAUUGUUGAACCAAGUUGCGGAUAA